ACGGGGUCAGGGCUCAGGAAAGGUGGGCAUCCUGGGGCCGGGACUCUGAUGCCCUCACCCACCAGGCUGCGUUGGCGCUCAGCCCUAGGUAAAGGGUCCGAGAAGUCCAGGAGGGGCCUAGGGUUGGGCGGUGGAGGGUAGAAUCCUGGGGUUCUGUGACUGUUGGAAAUCCGUUGAGCUGGGUCUGGCCCUCCAGCUGCCCAGACCUCUGGUCAUGGAGACUCCGAGCUCCACAGGAGCCUCCUCUUCCAAAAACAACCAACUCGACCGCCCCAGCUCCAGGACUCAGCGCUUUAAAGGAAGGGGUCAGUUCCCAGGCUGCAGGUGGCUGGAGGUCCCGGGCCGCCGCCUGUCCACGCUGCCCCUCAGCCGGCGGCUGCUGCACCGGGCGCGGCCCGUCAGCCGGGGCCUGUGCGCCGCCCUCAGCCUGGCGGGCGUGGCGCUGCUCACCGUCGUCGCCCUGCACGGCCCCUGGCUCCGCUUCCUCAUCACCCUGGAAGGCGACCCCUGCCCGGGCCCCGCCCCCGCCCCCGCCCCCAACCGCACCAGCUGCGGACCCCCGGCCCCGCUCACCUUCUACGUCUACACCAAGCUCUGGACCAAGUGCAAAGACAGCAGCUGCCUCCUCGAAAGCUACGAGGGUUUCUACUUCCUUGAGGCCUCCGAGAUCUUCAUGCUGAUCGCCAUCAGCACCAGCUUGCUGCUCUCCGCCUCGCUGCUCUUCACCACCUUCAUCUUGGUGCCGUCCAACCCGGCCUUUGACCUCUUCACCGCGGCCAUCAGCUUCUUCUCGGGCGUAUGUGUGCUCUUCUCGCUGCUCCUGUACCUGCUCCAGGCCAGCUCCUUCCUGCAGCCCGGGAUGCGCUACUCUCUGGAAAAUAACUUCCUCCUGGCCUGGGCCGGCAUCCUGCUCUUCCUGCUGAUCAGCUUCCUCUCCUGCCUCAACUACCUGAAUUUCUGGACGGUCAUCCCGCAGCGGGGGCCGCCCCAGGCCUAGCGGACCCGAGCCCGGGCCCCUGUGGGCGGAGGGGGCAGCCAGGGAGGGAGGAGGGGGGGGACCUGUCUCCAUAGUGACGUUUCUGAUCUCCGUGGCAACCCGGCCCGACCCCCGCCCGCGGGCAGCCUCUUCCCCAGACGGAGCCCCCGACCCCAGGAAGCAGAGGAGCGGAGGAGUCGCUGCCAAGAUGAAGAACUGGCAGGAGAGUGUCUGCAUGGCCAUGGCCGCCCUCACCGUCGUGGCCUCCAUCUACUUCUUCCAUCUGGCUCAGAAUUGAGUAGGCCCUGACCCUAGGAGCCCCAACUCCAGCUCUGCCCACCUCCCCAAUAAAGGUGACCACGUGACACGA